AUGGAUCGCGUUUCGCUGCUUUUUACGGCGGCAGCAGGAUUGGCCCCGGACACGCCAACGCUGCUCGGCCUUUCGCCUCCACAAAUCAUUCUGGUGCUACAGCAUUUACUUCAACACUUGCGACAAGGUUCUCCCAAAUGCGGAGUCUUCACUCCAGGUUGCGACGGGUGCCAGACACAAGAACCCGCUUGUGGAGCUGUGGAAAGCACUAUGCUGCCUAGCACUGGACCCAAAGGGAUGUUGAAGCCAGCGUCUGGCACAUCAGGAGGAUUUCCUUCAACACGCGUGGCCGAUGUUCUCCGUCAAGUCAUCGCCUCAUGUGACAGCCGAAACCACUCCCGGAAGGUACGAUCAGGGCGAUGCGAGACCGACGGGGAUCCGCAGUGUGAAAGUUCGCAGGCACGCUCUCGAUGGGCAGCUCGGCUCCUCCUCGCCGUAGUGGCGCAGCAGGUGGCAGUGGAAGUCUUAUCUGCGUGGUCGCGCAGAUACAGAAAUGGAGAGGGUCUUAAGUCAAAAAGCUUGCUCAGUGAAUAUACUCGCGCGCUUCACAACGCUAACAGAAGAGCACUUUCUCUUGCUUCCACUGCAGCCGCAUCAUCUUUCCAUGCGGCGGUCCCAGCUUUGUUAUCGGCCUACACAAUGCUCUCUCGUGUCGGCGGUGCGUUGCACGCCGCGGCGGCACAUUACGAUGACGAUUCCACUUGGAGCGACCGGGGAGCUGUUGACGACAGCCACCCUCCUCAAUUCGUAUCUGAGGACAAGAUGACGGGGCCGGCCAGCCCUCGGAACAGCCGGGCGUCGCGGACGAGGGGCGGGCUACCUGGCAGGAUCCCGCUCGCGUUACUCGCGACAACGCGCGUCAUGGGACCUGAGUUACACGGCACGACUACGGCCAUGGAGGCGCUGCUGUCAAUGGCACAGACAGAACGAGAAGCCUCCUCGAAUCUAUACGACAGCAGUCCAAAAGAAAUCUCGACCGAGUCGAUGUCUGUCGUCCCAGAAAACUCGGACCCUGAAGCGGCACACGAUGGCGAGGCCACUCGAGACGUGACCACCUCAGUUCUCAAGGCCAUUGACACUGUACAGCAGGGAUUAGCCUUCGUAUGCCGCCUGCUGUAUAACGCGUCUUACGGCCGCAGCAGAGGAGAACAGAUGGCACCGGGAGAGGUGCGCCGUUUACUGCUUGGAAAAGAUCCGUCGUUCAAACCGGAGAGCAGCGCCAUCGCUAAGCUUUAA